CCAAAACUCCCUUUCACCACAGCGCCGGUCUUACUUUCAAGUCAUUUUCUCAGAAUUGUUCAGGAGUAUAUAAUUACCAGACACAAUGGACUCCUCAUCACCGAAUACCACGAACGCCCCCGACAAAACCACCUCAGCGCCUACAACCAGCGCAAGCUCGCCUGGUGAUGAGAAACCCACAGCGACAGCGACAGAGGCAACCAAAGAAGCCCCUUCGACAGAAGCCACCGUUGAAGAUGCCGACGAGGAUGAAGACUCGGAGUUUGACGAGUUAGACGACCCAAGCACAACAGCACCUGCACCUGUAAGCGCACCAGCCGCCGCAAAUGAAGACUUCGACGAAGACGCCUUCAUGCGCCAGCUCGAGCAGGACAUGGCGAAGAUGAUGAACCACGCUGCGCAGGAGUCCGGCGCGCCGGAUAACAAGGAGUUCGAGAACGCGAUCAACCAGGGGGCCGACGCGUUCACGAAGCAGCUCGAGGAGGGCGGGAUCCCGCCUGGUGACUUUUUGAAGCAGCUGCUGGCGGAUGUCAUGGCGGAGGAAGGCGAGGGCGCUGACACUGGUGCGGGUGCAGGCGCGGGCCCGAGUACCGGUGGACCGUCCGGGUCUACAACUGGUGCUGGGAAAGCGGCUGCGCCAGAGUCCUUCAAUGAUGCCAUUCAGCGGACUAUCCAUCGGAUGAAAGAGUCUGGGGAUAAGGCCACGGCGGCGGCGACGGAGGACGGGGGGAUUUCGGAGGACAUGCUGAUGCAGUUGCUCAAGGGGUUGGAGGCGGGCGUCGGGAACGGGGGCGACGAUCUCGAUCUCACGCAGAUGAUUGCUGGUGUGAUGGAGCAGUUCUCCAAUAAAGAGAUGCUGUAUGAGCCGAUGAAGGAGUUGGAUGCGAAGUGGGGGCCGUGGUUGAAGGACAACAAGGGCAAGGUCCCUGCUGAGGAUAUGGAGCGGUACGAGAAGCAGGCUAAGCUCGUCACUGAGAUUGUGGCCAAGUUCGAGGAGGAAGGGUACACAGAUGAAGAUCCGAAGUAUCGGCAGGCUGUGUGGGAGAAGAUGCAAGAGAUGCAAGCGCUGGGUAGUCCCCCGGAAGAACUUGUUGCGAAUCCCUGGCCGGAGGAUAUGGCAGGCGACGGGUCUGGGGCAUCUUUGCCUGACUGUCCUCAGCAAUAAGGUUGGCAUCUGAGAACCUAUGUUAGUGGGUAUGGUGAUUGCUUGACGCUUCGCUGCGAUGGUGUCUGGUUUAGAUUGAUACCAUCUAUUAUUGGCAUGUUCUGUACAUAUAACCACGUCGAUACCCUAUUUACAUCAAUGAAGAUACGGCCUCUGCCGAUGGAUUUAUGCAACAACG